AUGGCAACUAAGCAGCGUCUGCUCCGAUUCACCAUCCUUGUCAAACGCAAUCCGGCACUUUCGGAAGAAGAAUUCCAGUCGUACUGGACGAACACACAUGUUCCGCAGGUACAGGAUUGGUUGACUCGUCAUGGAGUUCUCAAGUAUACGCAGUACCAUACCCCAUCUUCGGUGCGAAAUCAAGCCAAAUCGAUACCCGGCCUUGCUCAGGCCACUAUAGCCGAGUGGGAUGGAUUUGUCGAGCUGCUGAUGCCUGACAUGUCAUGCUUCGAUGCUGCGCAGAAAGACCCAUAUUAUUUACAAGUGGUGGUCCCUGAUGAAAUGAAAUUCGCCGAUCCCGCAAAUUCGCAGAUCACAAUCGGGUGGGAAGAGGUAUACGUUCAGGAUGGCAAGAUAGUUGAGCUGCAGCCUGGCGGGAACAUAGUGACGGCUUGA